GUACGCCUGCGCCAGCUGACCGAAAGGCUGAAGCCGGGCCGGAGUUACAGUGAUGCUACCUGCUAAUGCCUUCAAGUUAAAACAGUGACCUUACAGAUGUACCAGUGGAACUGCUUCAAGCAUUUUCCUCUCAGUGUGUCUUCUCUACAAGGAAUGAUGAUGGUUUGGACCCAACAACGAACUAGUAGGUGCUGGAGGGAGAGGCCCCAUUGGAACUGGAGGUGAUGAGGGCAGCAAAAGGACUCAGAGUGAACCACCAUGGCUUCCCAGAUGUUGGCUUGUCUCUCCAGCCUCCCCAUUGCAGUGGUCUAUGGGUCCCUGUCGCUCUUUAUUUCCAUUUUGCACAAUGUGUUUCUCCUCUACUACGUGGACACCUUUGUUUCUGUUUACAAGAUCGAUAAACUUUCCUUUUGGAUUGGGGAGACUGUGUUUCUGAUCUGGAACAGUCUCAAUGAUCCUCUCUUUGGCUGGCUGAGUGACCGGACUUUCCUCAGCACACAACAGUCUGGAAUAGAGAUCUCCUCUCCAGAAGUGGUAUUGAAGAGACUCAAGGCCCUAAACCACAAUGGCCCCCUUUUUGCUUUGUCAUUCCUGGCCUUCUGGAUUGCGUGGGCCCACCCAGGUUUACAGUUUCUCAUCUGCCUCUGCUUGUAUGACAGUUUCCUCACCAUGGUGGAUCUCAACCAGAAUGCCUUGCUUGCUGACCUUGCUGUGUCUGCAAAGGAUAGGACUGGACUCAACUUCUACUCUUCACUGUUCAGUGCCAUUGGCUCUCUCUCAGUCUUCAUGUCCUAUGCUGUGUGGAAUAAGGAGGACUUCUUCUCUUUCCGGAUAUUUUGUGUGGCAUUGGCUUUCGGCUCAGCAGUUGGAUUCAUUGUGGCCACAUGGGUGCUGAGGCAGAGGUUUCAGAGUGAGGGGAAAGUGAAAUGGGACGAAAGAGCAGCUUUAAAAGAACUGUAUGUAGACAGGCCUUCUGUGCAGCAGGAGAAAAGGAUCACUCUGGCAGAGUAUCUCAGACAGCUCUCCAGGCAUCGCAACUUCCUCUGGUUUGUAUCUAUGAACCUUAUACAGGUUUUUCACUGCCACUUUAAUAGCAACUUCUUCCCUCUCUUCUUGGAGCAUCUGCUGUCGGAUCGUAUCUCUCUGUCCAUGGGAUCGUUUCUGCUGGGUGUCUCCUAUGUAGCCCCUCAUCUCAACAACCUCUAUUUCUUGUCUCUCUGCCAGAGGUGGGGUGUGUAUGCUGUGGUGCGAGGGCUCUUUUUCCUGAAACUCUUCCUCGGUGUGAUUAUGUUCCUUGCUGGACCAGACUGGAUUUACCUGCUAUGUUUCUUCAUAGCUAGCAACCGUGUGUUCACUGAAGGGACAUGCAAGCUGUUAAACCUCGUGGUCACUGACUUGGUAGAUGAAGACCUGGUGCUGAAUCAGAGGCAGCAGGCUGCCUCAGCCCUCUUGUUUGGCAUGGUUGCCUUGGUAACCAAGCCUGGCCAGACCUUUGCCCCUUUGAUUGGCACCUGGCUACUGUGUGCUUACACAGGUUAUGACAUUUUUCAACGGGAUCCUCUGAACAAAGUGGUGAGCGCUCAGCCCAUGCUGGCUUCCAAUGUGGCCUGGGAACCAACCCUUCGUCAGGGCUGCUUCUACCUUCUUGUGUUUAUCCCUAUUACCUGCGCACUACUUCAGAUCUUCAGCUGGUCACAGUUCAACCUACAUGGAAGGCGCCUCCAGACGGUGAAAUCUCAGCGUCAGAACUUAACAGAGAACUGGUCUCAUGAGAUCAAAACAAUUUGAUUGCCAGGGGAGUCAGCAGCCAGUGACACUUCCCAUAUGUAAUUUGCAUGAUAAACUCAUUAAGUAGGUGGAAGAUCAGCUACUAACUUAGGGAUGAAAAGUUAUAUCUGGACUGGUAUAUGGUGUUUCUGCUGUUUUGGCAUUUGAGUAAGGGCCAGACUACAGAUGAUAUUGGGGAUCAGUUAUCUGAUUCCCCCAAUGUGUAGCUGAUUGCUUAAAAGCAGCCAUGGAGCAGGAGGAUUGGGACCAUGACAUUAGGAAAGGGAACUCCCCCCAUUUCUUUCCCCAGUGAAACCAGUUCCUCCCCAGCUGCUUUUUGAGGCUAAAUUACAGCUUGGGGUUCUCCAAUCACAGAUUCCACUGUUGCAUACAUUAGCCCUAAGUGGGAAAGGGGCAAGUUGAUAUCUAAUCAAGCCAGCUUUGAUUAGUGAAGAAAAUGGACAUUUCUGAGUUAUGUUGAAUUUCCUGCAAGCCAUCUCUAGCACUGAAUAGUGCUUGGGAACUCAAAAGCUUGCAUCACUGCUCAUAAAUAGAAGUUUGUCCAGAAAGUCAGCAGACUACCUUUUUGAAAAAUCGCCUCUACUUUUCUGGUUGCAACUGGUCAUGAAGAAGCACAGCCAGAUCACUGGCAAGGGAACAAACCAUGCAUAUUGAGAACAGGGUGGCAUUUUGAGACCUGCCGUCCCAUCCCCCCCCCAAAAAAAAACACAACACACAUUUGUAUACAAUCUUGUAUCGAGAGGGUGAGAUUCAGUUUCCCCCUUUCCUUAUACUUUCUCUUUAUAGUGGACUAUUCAGAAAACCAUCCUUUUCGCUCUCCCUCUUAGAUUAAAAUUGUAUCCUGAAGGCAGGCCAGCUUUACUGCGAAAGGUGGUUGUUUCACUAAAGAAUAGGGUAUCCAGUGCUUGCAAAACAAACACAGCAUGUAGGAAAACAGCUCGUACUUAGUUUCAGGUGAGUAGCCAUGUUGCUCUCAAGUAGAAGAGCAAGAUCCAGGAGCACCUUUGAAGAC